AUGGAUUCGAAAUCCCAAGCACCACCUAAAAUGGAUGAGAUGAUUCAGAGAAUUAACGAGAAUGAAAAGAAGGUUACAGAAGAAAAUGCUGUUCUUACCAAAGUUUCUCAAUAUCAACAAGAAUUAAUCGAAAGACAACGUCAACUUCUUAAAGAUGUUGCACAAACAAAUGCAGAAUUACUUGCUAUUGAACAAAAGCGCGCUGAAUUAAAGAGUAAGUUAUCAUCCCAAAAGACAGCUUUACUUGUUGCUGCUUCUGAAGCUCAGGAGACAUCUUCAAUCAUCCGCUCAGUUCUUGAAAAUGCACCCGACACACCAAUGUCUAGUACUAAAUCCGGCCAAAUGACUCUCAAGAUUGUAGAUGCAAUUAGCCAAAGCAUUUCCCAGCUUACAGAAUCAUGCAUUGAAUCACAGAACCUUUCUAUUGAUUCGUCAAAACUUCAAGGUACAAUUGCAGACGUAAAUAAUUUAAUACAAAAAGUUAUGGAUGCUGGACUUGCACAGGAAUCAUCAGAAGAUACUAUUCGCCGUCAGUCAUAUCUUAUCUCCGCACUUGUUCAGACCAAAGACCAAGAAUAA